ACCGGUACUCCAAACUCUUAAGUCAUUCUAAAAACAAAUUGGAGAAAUUAGGUGACACAUCGCUGUUCGCUAAAAACGUCGAAAUUACUAAGAGCUUUGAAAAAGGAUUGAAAUUGCUGUAUUGCAAAAUACGCCAGAGAGGGUCGUUUCGAAUUCAGUUCUAAGACGAUUGACCAGAGACAUAUUAAACUAUCAUGUCAUAUUUUGCAAACAACUUUUCCAGCCCUUCAUACUUGGUCCAAGAUGGUUUGUCAAAGGACUCCAAUCAAAAUUGGGUUAAAGUUGCAGCUCUGAUUUGCGCUGGCUUGGGCACCAUCCACAAUGGUCUGUCUGUUGGCGUAUUGACGGGAAAAGAUCUGCGUAGAUUAUCUUGGAGCAUGUAUCUUAUAGUCGUGGCUGUUGUGGAUACGAUCUGGCUAAACAUCCAGGGCCUUGACGCGUUUCUACAACUCCAAUUCGAAAUCAAAAUGGAAGAUACAUCCCCGGCCGGCUGCAAAAUCUUCAAUUAUAUUUUUCGUUUUAUCGUACAGUGCAGUAAUUGGAUUCUAAUUGCCGCCACAUUUGAACGACUCGUUUUCCUGUUCAGUCCCGCCAGAGCUAGGGUAUACUGUCGGCGUAUUGUCGCAUGUGGGGUCAUGUCAGUCAUUGUGAUCGUGUUGUUAGCUUACAACUUACGGGAAAUCUUCGUCUGGGAACUAUCUGACGAUCCUUCCUUCAAGUAUGAAACCAAAUUCACUUGCAGACCUGCCCUUAAUCUUACGUACUUCGAUGCAACGUCAAAUACGACCAUUUACUCUGCCUUAGCGGAUGGGAAUCACAAGCUAUGGGCCUGGUCUUAUCUCGUCAUUGGAUCCCUCUUGCCGUUUCUAGUGAUGGUCGUUCUAGACGCCACAAUGAUAAUACGGCUUGUAGACAUAGGCAAACAGGUGAUCAAGGGGAAAUCCGGAAAGAUGGUAAAGAUGUCAAGCGUCAUGAAGAUUCAAAGGAGUGAACGCACGACCAACGUCAUCAUGAUGAUAACGUGUACUAUACUAGUCAUGAUUCUCAUGCUCCCGCUGAUGAUAAUGGAGGUCUAUAUCCUGACGGGCGUGAUGGAGAGCGACCUGACCAAUCGUCAGAGUCUUGACUUGAAGUAUGGUCUACAGGCUUGUGAUUUUAUGCGCCUCUUGGCCCCAGCACUGAAAUUCUGGGUGUUCAGUGUGACAAGCUCUAGCUAUAAAUUCACAUGUAACAAGGACUAUCAAAUCACGAGAUACAUGGUGUGUGGAAUGCCUUUGUACUGACCGACUCAGUCCUACUAUACUCAAGAAUGCUUUGUACGGAAGCAGCAUGCCUUAGCUCCAGUCGCAACAUAUGAUAACCACCUAAUUAAGAUAGGAGAAAAUAUGGUUUGUUUAGUAGAAUUUGCAAUUGUACUUAAUGUAUAAGCUACUUAUAUAUAUAUAUAUUCAGAUUUUAUUUGAAAUUGAAAUUUUCUGAGCUGAUGUUGUAAAAGAAGCUGAACUUUCAUAGAUUAUGAUUCCAGUUCUUUAUGGACCUGGCCGGCGGUCUUAAAAUACAAACUAGAACUAAUGAUACAGAAAAAGGUUGCAGCCAGGUCACCAUAAAAAACAAUGGAGAGAAGGCCGCUUAUAAAAGCAUACAUGACAUUAUGUACACGUAGUAAACGACAACGCAAAACACAACUUGGAGUGAGU